GCCAGCCGCCGCAGUCGAGCUGCUGGGCGCACUAGAUAACCAACCGUAGCAGACGCUCUCAUCGUUGCCUUCUACCCAAUCAGCAUCCACCACACAACAGUGCUUAUGGCGUGGCGGGCCAGCCUCUCUCGCAAUGUUCGAGAGCUAAGGUUUUGCUGUUGCAAUAUCAGCCAGAGUGGUGCUCCGGUCCGAGAAUUCUUCCGAACCAACUACGCUGAGCUCAAGACGUUGAACCCGGGUUUCCCUAUAUUGCUUCGGGAAGGCACGGGUGCUGAUCCUUAUCUCCUGGCUACCUAUGACUACGGAGUGGAGCACCGUCUUUCAUUGAGCGGGCUUUCACAAGAGAAUAUCGCCAAGGAGGUGGAGAAGGCUGUAGAGAAGGGGUCGUCCCUGCCGCUGUCACCGAUGCAGCCUUCUUUCAGAUCGGCAUCCGCUGGUGCGGUCGAGGCGUAGGACGAUGGCCGCCAGAGCUUGACUUUUUAAGUGUCGAUGGCCAAACACGCAUCGUAACACUGCCACGUGUGAGGGGGCCUAGCGACCUCAGAUACGAUUUUUUUUUGUUACUGGAAUGCGGAAUGGCAAUUUGCUACCGAUUUUGCGUAGUAGGAUCACAGGUGUGUGAUAACCGCAAAUAGUUCGUGUCAGGCUUUUAGAUCGGGUGUCCAUGUAGGCCUGGUUCUGUGAUUGCUUUGGCGCCAACGUGGGACAGCAGUAGUACGAACAACAACAAUGAAUUUACUUACCUGUUCCGUGCGUGAUUCUCUGUUUGGUGAGCGUUGGUCGGUCACGUCAAAGCUUUCACUCGCAAAUGACCGUUGUAAGUUGGGUUUUCAUCAGUCAACAUUCGGGUCGUGAAGAGGCUCGUUGCGCAGGUGGCGUAUCGUACCAUCUGUUCGUUUGACGAGACGCCUGCACAAUCACUAUACUCUUCCCCGUGACGUAUCUUUUUUUACGUCAGCCGCUGUCAUGUGGUAUCAACAGGCCAGAUGGGGUUUGAGGAUCCUUGUCAUGAGAAGAGCAAGAGGAGAUUAUUUGGUUCGAACGCACGUACCCUUGUGGCACGUGUGAUAUUGUCAUCGAACAUCUCGUGCUAGAUUGAAAGUUGAGUUCCCCCUUGUCUUGUGUCUUUCUGCUAACGAACUGGUAGAGAUUUGCUAUUUCAUCCCAGUUGUUCAUCAUCGCGCGCAGUUUUUGCUACCUCAAGGCCUUACCUUUGUUCUUGAGUAUCAUGAGGGUUCUGAUACUUCAUCCUGAAGCCACUUUCUCGCGUGUUCAAGAGUUCCUACA